AUGCGGCCAAUUCGCAUCCUCACCGAGCUGCCCGCCGCACAGCGCCUGUGCCCUUCAGCAGCACGCCAGACACGAUGUUUUUCGUCUGCCCGAAACCGCCUGCAGAUUCGGCGAGCCUCGUCAGCAUCUGCUGCUGCUCCUGCUACUUUCUUCAUCUCCAACAGAGCCUUUGAACGAACCCAGUGCCUCGAUUUCCUGCUCCCACGACGAACCGUCCAGACGCAAUCGACAACUCCUAAUACCACACAACUCGACGCCGAGGCCAUUGAGAAGCUUGCACCGCAUAGAAGGCGGCAGGCUCUCAAGAAACUAGCUGCUGAGGCUGGAGAGCCAGCCACGCUCUCUGCUCCAGAUGCCUCGUCAGCACUGACUACCGCUGCGGCUGCUGCUCCGGCGUCGUCGCUGCGCCGCACAAUCUCUACGUUCCUCUCGCUAUCGAAACCGCGGUUGACGGUGCUCGUUGUGCUGACGGCCAUGGUACCUUAUGCGCUGUAUCCUGUACCGGAGAUGCUGUCGCCGCUAACGACCGAGACGCCGAGUCUGAGCCCCCUGACGCUGCUGUUCUUGACGACGGGCACGGCGCUGUGCUCGGCUAGCGCGAAUACAUUUAAUAUGCUGUACGAGCCCAAGACGGAUGCAUUGAUGACGAGAACACGCAACAGACCGCUUGUUCGGAAGCUGAUUUCGACAAAGGGUGCUGUGGCAUUUGGCGUGCUCGCCGGUGUUAUUGGCACGGGCAGCUUGUUCUUUGGUGUGAAUCCCACUGUCGCCGGCCUGGGCUUGGCCAACAUUGUGUUGUAUGCAGGUGUAUAUACGCCGCUGAAGCGAGUGACUGCAUUCAACACGUGGGUUGGCGCCGUGGUGGGCGGUAUUCCCCCGCUCAUGGGCUGGGCCGCGGCUGCUGGCGAAGCCGCGACCAAGGACGGCUCGUGGCGCGAACUGCUGCUGGCCAGCGACGGCUCGUCACUUGGAGGAUGGCUGAUGGCGUCGAUCUUGGUGGCCUGGCAGUUUCCGCACUUCAUGGGCCUGAGCUGGGGUAUUCGCGAAGAGUACAAGGCCGCUGGUCUGCGGAUGCUGGCGUGGACGAACCCUGCGCGCAACGCGCGUGUAGCGCUGCGAUAUAGUCUCUUGUUUGUGCCGAUUUGCGUGGGCCUCUGCGCGGCCGGAGUGACGGAGUGGUCGUUUGCGGUGACGAGUUUGCCGGUGAACCUGUGGCUCGUCAAGGAGGCCGUGCAGUUUUGGAAGCACCAGGGCCACAAGGGCAGUGCGCGCGGUCUCUUCUGGGCCAGCGUGUGGCAUCUGCCGGGCCUGUUGAUCCUCGCUAUGCUCCAGAAGAAGGGCAUGUGGACAAGGGCGUGGAACAGCGUGUUUGGCGCCGAGGACGAGGGGCUGUGGGAGGAGGACGAACUCGAGGAAAUGAAUGCUGCUGCGUCGGAGGGGAAGACGCAGUAG